GGAUGAACAAGGUGCAUUUUGCCUGUGACAUUAAUUUUUAUGUUUGCAAAAACAUUAUCAUUUCCGCACAAUCUACCGUAACAUAGAUCAGCCGCGCGCCCUGGCUAGUAUUCCUAUGGAAUUAGUGGCAUUUUUCGAUUCACUUUAAUCCAGAACUGUACAAAAUAAAUCAUGACAAAUAGAAACAGGAGGGCAACAACAGUAUAACUCAAGCAGGCUAUGCUAAGUUUGCUAAAAGACAUACAUGUCGCGCAUAGCUGUCCUGAAAUUGUAAACUUCACAGUGAUGGUGGGGCAUGAAGAGACUAGCACGGUCCACAUAUAUCAGGAUAAGGAUAAGCACAAAGAAGAUGAGCAUAAAGGUUGAAGUGAUUUUUUUUUGUGUCUCAUUGGUCCAAUAGAUUAAAGAAUAACUACUCUCGGUCACUGGUCAAUCAUCCUCUGGAGCUGCAGCAUUGUUCCUCGCCAGAUGCGCCACUAACCACUACUUGACGAAGCUUACAGGAGAACAAAUCUUCAACGCCUACUUGUUUUCACCUCCUAUUCUGGUUUGGCAGCCACGCGGGUGCAGUUGUGAUUCUGACGCGCAAAAAAGCGCACAAUACCAUCAUGGCGGAGGCUGUGGUAGGAGUGCUGAUCGGCAAGCUCGGUGCGGCCUUGGCGAAUGAGGCAGCAACCUAUGGUGCAUCCCUUCUGUUCAAGGAAGCUUCUUCCCUCAAGGGUCUCUUCAGUGAGAUCCGUAAAGCGGAGGGGGAGCUGGAGAGCAUGAAGGCCUACCUGCGUGACUCAGAGAAGUUCAAGAAUACCGAUAAGACCACUGGCAUCUUUAUCAACAAGAUUCAAGAACUAUCUUUUCGGAUCGAGGAUGUCGUUGACGAGUUCAUGUACAAACUUGAGGACAACAAGCAUGGAGGAUUUGCUAGCAAGACGAAGAAGAGGAUCAAGCAUGUCAAGGUUUGGCGUCGCCUAACUCUCCAGCUCCGUGAUAUUAAUGUCGAGCUUGAAGAUGCUACAAAAAGGAGGGACCGUUAUGUCAUCCCGGGAAUGGAGAGACAUGGUGGAAACAGUGACCAUCAUGCUAGAUACACCAAUCAAGCUUUGUGUUUUGCAAGGGAAGAGGAUCUAGUGGGUAUUGAAGGUAAUGCAGCCAAGCUCAAGGGGUGGCUAGUGGAUGAUUUGGAUGAAAGGAACACCAAAAUCACCACAGUUUGGGGGAUGGGUGGAGUAGGUAAAACUACUUUAGUUGAUCAUGUCUACAAGAUUGUGAAACUGGAUUUUGAUGCUGCUGCAUGGGUAACUGUGUCCAAGAGUUACCAAGUUGACGACUUGCUGAAGAAAAUUGCUAGAGAGUUCGGCAUCUCAAUUGCUAGCAAUAUGGAAAUGAUAAGAGUAGUUGACGUUAUCCGUAACCAUCUCGAAGGUAAAAGGUACAUCUUGGUUCUUGAUGAUGUUUGGGAUCAAGAUAUGUGGAUUAAUAAUAUCAUGCCUGUCUUUCCUACUAAUUGUUGCGGUAGAUUUGUUCUCACAUCAAGAUCAUCUGAAGUUGCAUCAGUAGCAACAAUUAACUGUGCAAUUAAUCUAGAGCCACUACGAGAAAAUCACUCUUGGAAGUUAUUCUGCAACGAAGCUUUUUGGAACAGUGAUGACAAAAGGUGUCCAUCAGAGUUAUUUGAUUUGGCUGGAAAGUUCUUGCAAAAGUGCAACGGCUUGCCCAUUGCUAUUGCAUGCAUAGGCCGUCUACUGUCAAUCAAACCCCACUCUGAAUGGGAAACUGUUUACAAGGAGUUAGAAUCGCACUCAACUAAUAAUGCGAUCAAGAGUGUGGACACGAUUUUGAGAGUCAGCUUGGAGGAUCUUCCAUCUGAGUUGAAGAAUUGCUUCUUGCAUUGUGCAAUGUUUCCGGAGGACUAUGAAAUCAAGAGGAGGAGGUUAAUUAGGCACUGGAUUACUUCUGGAUUCAUCAGGAAAAAGGGGAACGAAACACUAGAACAAGUGGCAGAGGGCUACUUGAAUGAUCUUGUCAACCGAAGUCUACUACAAGUUGUGAGGAAGAAUGAGGUUGGACGAGUGAAAAGUUGCCGAAUGCAUGAUGUCAUCCGCCAUCUUGCUAUUGACAAAGCGGAGGAAGAAUGCUUUGGUAAAGUUUAUGAGGGCAAUGGGACAUUUUCGGUACACGGAAUGCGGAGACUGUCAAUACAGAGUAUCAAUAUUGUACCACAGAAUCAAUCUGAUGCAACACAUCUCCGUGCAGUCUAUGCUUUUGAGAGUUCUAUUGAUGUUGCUUUGUUGGGUACUAUUCUUGCAUCUUCAACAUUGUUGUCAACAUUGGAUCUGCAAGGUACUCAAAUCAAGAUGCUGCCUAAUGAGGUGUUCAACUUGUUCAAUCUGCGUUUUUUGGGUCUUCGAAAUACUCGAAUUGAGAGUCUACCAGAGGCUGUUGGAAGGUUGCAAAACUUAGAAGUACUGGAUGCAGCAUUUACUCUUCUGCAAUCUUUACCAAAGGAUGUAGCGAAACUAAAGAAGCUUAGGUACUUGUAUGCAUCUGUAUUUCUCAGAGAAGGAAAUUCGACACGUUUUUGUGGAAUUAGUGCGCCUCGGGGCAUAAGGAAUUUGACAGGACUUCAUGCUCUGCAAAGUCUUAAAGCAAGCAAGGAGACUCUACGUGAUGUUGCAGCAUUGACAGAAUUAAGAACAUUUGAUGUUAGCGAUGUGACAAGUGAGCACUCCAUAAACUUGUGUAGUGCUAUAACAAAUAUGACCCAUCUUGCCCAUCUAACUGUUAGCGCAUUAAACGAAAAUGAAGUAUUACCAAUGGAUGCACUCCGUUUACCAGAGACUCUUUAUAAACUUGGACUGACAGGGCAGCUGGAGAAGACACAGAUUCCUCAGAUUUUCUCAUCCUGGUCGAACCUGAACAACCUCACUAUAUUGCAGCUGACGUCUUCCAAACUUAAGGAGGACUCCUUUUCUAGUCUCGUGACGUUACGCAGUUUAUGCAGUCUUAGUCUUUGUCGGGCUUAUGAUGGGAAGAUAAUUCGCUUCUCUACACAAUCAUUUCCUUGUCUCCAGACAUUAUACAUACGUGGUGCUCCGCAGCUCAGCCAUGUUGAAAUAGAAGAAGGUGCACUGGGAAUCCUUGUUGAGCUAGUGUUUUCAAACUGCCCAGAACUAAAGCACCUCCCUCAUGGUAUUGAACACAUUACAACCCUUGAGGUAUUAAUUUUACGAGACACUGCAGAGGAGCUCAUAGAGAAGCUUAGGCAAGAAAGAGAAUCAGAUGAACGCAAGGAAGAGCAUAUGAAGAUCGAACACAUUAGAAGGGUUGUUGUUAGAUUAACUGAGAAAAACAUAUGGGAAAGGAUUCGCUGAUACUGUUGUUCGAUGUAUACAAGUAAAUAACUUCAUUCUCAAUUAUUAAUACAUGCUGAGGUGUUUUCUUCUCAGAUUGUACUUCUGCGUUCAUAUGCAUACAUACUAGUAAUUAACAGAGCAUAUAAUAAACAAGAAGCACCUAAUAGUGCCAGUUACUUUUA